CGCGUACUGAACAUCCCUCACCCCCGCUGCACCUGGUUCCGUAAACCACAAAUGCAUCCACAUCCUCCCUUCCCCCCCCAUCCACAUCUGUGUAAAGUACAACACAUACUAUCGAGUGUAGCCCUGAUUGCGCCCUUUUUAUAAAAGAUCGCCGGCUCAAGGGCGUCUGCCAACUUUUCUUUCCUCUCGCUUGUCUGACACCCCCCUCCCACCUUCUGUACCCUUCCCAAUUACCUUCCCUGUUACCCGCGAGGAUCCAUCGAAACCUGGUUCCUCCCAUCCCUCCCCUCCUUCCCACAUCUUACUGACCCCUUCCAGCCCUUUUCAGGGAUAACCAGCAUACCUCUCUCUUCCAUUCCAUUAUCAAACCCUAAUUAAUCGAUCUGAUAAACAUUCAUAUCAUCUGUAAAAAAAAAAGAAUAAUGAAAGUCGCUUCCAUCCUCACCUUGGCUGCAGCCGUGUGCGCGAUCCCUGUUAACGCAAAACCCGCAAAGGCACCAGCUCCUAAUGAUCCCUGUGCAUUGAUGGCCAAGCAAGCCGAGGCCUCAAAACCAGCCCUGACCUAUGAGGCCGUUAAAGGUUGUUUUAAUGCACACAAAUUCAGACCAGAUGUUGCUGAGAAGGUCUUGACAUCGGUCGAGAACCUGUUGGGCAACUUUUAUGCGUUCGUGGACCAGGCCAAGGUGGACUCGAGCAACGUCCCUGGGUCGCCCUUUAAGACUCCCAAGGUGGACCUGAUGAAGGAAUUGGCCAAGCUUCGAAAGAAGAAGGACUGGAAGAACGAUUAUGAAUUCCAGAUGGCGUUGAGUUACUUGACCUUCUCGCUCAAUGACGGUCAUCUUUCCUAUCGAAACAGCUGCUACCAGACCGCAUCAUUCUACCAGCCCCUCACACUCUACGCGCCCGUCGUCGACGGCAAGCAAUCCGCCCGUGUCUUCUUCGUCGACACUACCACGACGACGAAGGGUCUCCCGAAGGACCCUGCAUCCCUCACCGACUGUGCAGUUCUCACCAUCGACGGUAAGCCCGCCCUCCAGGCCAUCCAGGAAUUCACCGACCGUACCUCGGCCAUCUCCAAGGAUCCUGGCGUCCGUCUGAACGAUGCCCUCGCCAGUACUUCCUGGUCCGAAGAAUGGUACUCCAGUCCCGGAGGCUUCGCUAGUCGUUGGGAGUUGCCUCAGAAGGCCUCCAUGGACUACACGAUCCAGUGCGGCACCGGUAAGGUCCAGAGACUGACAGUCCCCUGGACGAUCAGGCCCUCGGAUGAGUUUGAGACUGGUUUCGUCAAGGAUGUCAAGUCCUACUGGGACGUCCAAUGCUACGCCCUCGAUGACUCUAAAAAAAAUGAAAAGAAGACUUCGAGAAACGUUAGGAACGGCUCCCCUCGCCGUGGCGAUGUUCGUGUCUCUGAGAACGGCAUCGAGUCUGAGAUUGUCGCGCCUGCGACAGCUAUCUUCCGUAAGCGCGGAAAGAUUUCAAAGGCCCAGGACGGUCCCAAGAACGGUAAGGGCGGUGAGGGCCCCAAGACGAUCACCCAGGCCAAGCUCGUGCACACCUCCUACACAACCGCGUUCUACCGCCUGACGAGCAGCCAGUUGUCCGACACCUGUGUGGCCGUGAUCGCGACCGAGGACGCCACGCACUUUGAUUUCGACACUGAAGACUACACCGAUGUCAUCAAGGGUUUCCAAAAGUUGCAGGACCAGGGAUGCAAGAAACUGAUCCUGGACAUGACCAACAACGGUGGUGGAUCCGUCGAUUUCGCGUACUUUAUCAACCAGUUGCUCUUCCCGGAUGCAAAGCCUUACUUUGUCCAGGACAUAAGGGAUAACCAGCUGGCGCAAGCGGCGGCCAAGCAGGCGGUCAAGCACAAGCAUACUGAUUCGAUCUUUGACGCCAGGAACUUUAACUCGAUGGCGACCCGUAAACCGUUCAAGGAUGCGUCAAUGUUCACGAAGGGUGUGAAUCAGAAGCGUGGGGGAAGCACCGCAACAUACACCCAGAGGAAUUUCUUCCCCCACAGCUGGCCCUUCCUACCACUCGCCAAGGGCAAGCAGCUCAAGUUCAAGGCCGAGAACAUGGCCAUCGUGUCGAACGGUUUCUGUGGCUCUGCCUGUACCAUGAUCGCGACCCGUUUCGCUCUGACCCAGUCUGUCAAGACCUACGCGAUCGGCGGCUUGGCAAAACGCCCACUCUCUUACUUCUCCUUCCCCGGCGGUUUCGUCAUGGAGAACGGCCAGAUCAUCAACGACCUCGACAACAUCAACAUGAAGAACACCAAGGCCAGCCCAACCUGGCUCCCGAUCGUGGGCACGAUCAAGGUGGCCGUCGGUGAGAUCUACGCCUUCGAGAACAGCACUGUACCUCUGGAGUACGAUGCCAAGCACUUCCCAGCAAAUGUUCAUCUGGAUCAGGACCCGGUCUCGGCCAGACACCCCGAUCAGGUCUGGGUCAAGAUCGCGAAGGAUUUCGGCAAGAAGAAGUAGUUAGUAGUAGUAGUAGUAGUAGUAG